AUGACUCAACGAAUGGCGCUACUACCGCCCGAAUUGAUACCUAAAUAUCAAUUACAAAAACCGGAAAUACGGUUACACGAUAAUAUUCAAGAUUUAUUAGAAGAAAAACCGAUUCGAGUUUCUUUAACAUCGCAACCAACCGAAGAAUCUCAACAACAAUCACCCGAACCGACAAAACCAUCGUCUAUCGAAGAUCAGAUAACAGUCUCGAUACCGUUAGCAUAUCAAAAGUAUGUUCCGCAUAUCAUUCAAUUACUAAAAUCUUACCAAUACGAUUGGAACGAAAAAGGAGAAUUAGUGGAGAAUCCCCCGUACUUCGUUUUCGAUCGCCAUCGAUUCCAUCGCCUCCGAUUCGAUCAAUUAGUGUUAGGAAAAAAACUGGUGAAGCAUCUGCUACAAAAAUUCCUAAACGAGUUGCGUCGUCUAAAAGAAAGCAUAUUUCAUGGAAAGAUUAUUGAGAUCUAUUUAUUACACUCCAUCUCAUCCCGCAUCGUUUGGAGGCGUAACAAGCCUAGUAAAAGCAACAAAGUUGCCGAGAAAAACUGUCAAAAAUGGUUAUCAACUCAAGAUACAUAUACUCUACAUAAACCAGUACGAAUAAAUUAUACGCGUCGUAAAACUAAAGCUUUAUAUCAAGGAGAAUUAUUUCAAUCCGAUCUGAUGGAUGUUCGACAAUUUUCGAAAGUCAAUAAUGGAAUAAAAUAUUUAUUAUCAACUAUCGAUGCGUUUUCUAAAUAUGCGCAUGUAAUUCCAGUUAAAGACAAAAAACCGGAAACGAUAAAAGAAGCGUUUCAAAAAAUAUUUAGAAAAAUAAUUCCUCGGUUUCUCCAUACCGAUAAGGGUAAGGAAUUCAUGAAUUCUGUUAUUAAGGAUUUAUUUAAAAAACAUCAAAUAAAUCAUUAUUAUACUCAUUCCGAAACGAAAGCAUCGAUAGUGGAACGAUUUAAUAAGACCUUAAAAAAUAAAAUUUAUCGUCUUAUUACUUAUCGAAAUUCCAAUAAAUAUAUUGAUAAAUUAAACGAUUUGGUACGAGCGUAUAAUAAUAGCACGCAUCGAAGUAUAGGAAUGUCUCCGGCCGAGGUUAAACCCAAACAUCAUUCGCAAAUUUUUAAUCGACUUUAUGGUAAAACGAAAACUAAAAUAAAAUAUAAAUUUAAAAUCGACGAUAGAGUUAGAGUUUCUAAAAAACGAAAAACUUUCACGAGAGGUUAUUUACCCGGAUGGAGUAAGGAAAUUUUCAUUAUAAAAGAACAACAUCCUACCAAUCCAGUUACUUAUGUCCUGAAAGAUUAUAACAACAACACGAUUAAAGGACGCUUUUAUAACGAAGAAUUGCAGAAAGUAAAAAAUGGAUAAUUUUUAUGUGACUCUAAUAAGCACCGCGAGUAUGGAUUUUUUUCCAAAAAAUACUCAAUCCUCCUUCACAUCGAAAAUUAAUCCACCGAUAAAUUUAACAGGAUCUUGGGAAGUGGGUUUAUCCCAAAUAAUAAUACCACGUUCGUGGUUUAAUAUCACUAGUGAAAAUAACAAAUAUGUCAUUACUACUAAGGAAAUGAAAUUCAUUAAAAUAAAAGCCGAAAAUUUAUCUACUCUAAUUCCAUUACAACCUAUGCAAGGGAACAACUCGAGUCAUAUAUUCGAGAAUAUUACGAAUAAUUUGAAAGUUUUGAAAAAGGAUCAUUUUAUUAAUUUUUCUUUUAACAAAGACGAUAGCACUGUAAAAAUUUACGUCGCUAAUGAUUGUGAAUUGCGUUUACUUCCAGAUAGUGGUGGCAUAUUUCUCUCUAUGCUGAAUUUAGAUAAUCAAAAUCCGUUCAUUAUACAGGGAGAAGAAGAACUAACAUUUCGAUAUACUCCGUCUUUACAAGAUUUUAGUGGAGAAUUUUUUACUUUAAUCGAGAAAAAUAGGUAUGUAGAAGAAAUAAGAACCGAAAAUGUUGAAAAUAUAUUACAAAUACCGAGAGGAUUAUACGGAACAAAAGAUUUUCUUAAAGCAUUUCAGAUAAUAAGUUUUAAAUCGCUUCCGGAUAAAAAGCUACUAUUGAAAAUUCCACGAGGAUCUUCAGUGAAAUUUAAUAGACAAUUAAAAGAUAUAUUAGGAUUUGAUCAAUUAGAAUAUCUCGAAGAAGAAUUUAUAGGGACAUAUCCUUUAAAAUUAAACGCUGGAAUAACGGAAAUAUUUGUAUAUUCUAAUAUAAUAGAAUCUCAUCAUGUAGGGGAUAGUUCGGCUCCGUUGUUUCGAGUAAUUCCUGUCAUGGGAGAAAAAGAACAACAAAUUGUUAAAAUUUAUAACACUCCAUUAUUUUUCCCGUUCGAACCAAUCACAUCGAGACUAUAUCUAUAGAUCUGCGCUCAUUUACGGGUGAAAACAUAAUUUUUACUUCUGGAAAAUCGCUUUUGGUAUUAUGUUUUAGACGAGUAUAAAAAUCCAUUUACACAAAAGAGUCAUUUAUUUAAUAAAAUGAAGCUUAAACCAGAGGACUGUAUCGCUUAUUAUCGAUCGCAGGCGGGGGGAAUUUUUUAUCUCGAUUCCAUAUAUCCGCACACCCGUUAUUUAACCCCCCCAAUCGGGAUACGGACAAUACUUUAAAGGUCGUCCGAUCCAAAGAGGAUACGGAUUUUUUGGAGACGAGUUCAGACAAGCAAUUGCAAUAUUAAAAGAUGCGGGAAAAUAUAUUGGAAAGAAAGCGUUAAAUAUGGCAAAAGAUAUCUGAUUGGAUUUACUCAGCGGGAAAUCGUUAAAAGAUUCCGCCCUAACACGUAUAAAAGAACUAUGUGAAGGAGUUAGAGAUGACGUCAUUCAAAAAGUUCAAAGCGGAUCGGGUAAAAAACAAAAACGUCGAUGAGAAAGCGUAAAACAAAAAAAAAAGAAGAGGAAGGAAGUCAAUAUUAUUUC